GUCGGGGGGAGGAGGCGGCCCUAGCGCCAUUUUGUGGGAGCGAAGCGGUAACUGGGUGGUUGCCCCUGGAUCCCUGGCUGCCUGAGUUUCCCUGUCGGGCCUCCUGUCAGCGGCGUAGCGGGGACAGUGGAAGAUGUCUGAAUAUAUCCGGGUCACAGAAGAUGAAAACGACGAGCCCAUUGAAAUACCGUCAGAAGACGAUGGGACGGUGCUGCUGUCCACGGUCACAGCCCAGUUCCCGGGGGCGUGCGGGCUGCGCUACCGGAACCCCGUGUCCCAGUGCAUGCGAGGCGUCCGGCUGGUGGAGGGGAUCCUGCACGCCCCAGACAACGGCUGGGGGAAUCUGGUGUACGUUGUCAACUAUCCCAAAGAUAACAAGAGAAAAAUGGAUGAGACGGACGCCUCGUCGGCGGUGAAGGUGAAGAGGGCCGUCCAGAAGACCUCCGACCUGAUAGUGCUGGGCCUCCCGUGGAAGACCACCGAGCAGGACCUGAAGGAGUACUUCAGCACCUUCGGGGAGGUGCUCAUGGUCCAGGUCAAGAAAGACAUUAAAACGGGUCAUUCAAAAGGGUUUGGCUUUGUUCGAUUCACGGAGUACGAAACCCAGGUGAAAGUGAUGUCACAGCGACAUAUGAUAGACGGACGGUGGUGUGACUGUAAACUCCCCAAUUCCAAGCAAAGCCCAGACGAGCCCCUGCGAAGCAGAAAGGUGUUCGUCGGGCGCUGCACGGAGGACAUGACCGCCGACGAGCUGCGGCAGUUCUUCUGCCAGUACGGGGAGGUGGUGGACGUCUUCAUUCCCAAGCCGUUCAGGGCUUUUGCCUUUGUGACGUUCGCAGAUGAUCAGGUUGCCCAGUCUCUUUGUGGAGAGGACUUGAUCAUCAAAGGAAUCAGCGUACACAUAUCCAAUGCUGAACCUAAGCACAAUAGCAAUAGACAGUUAGAAAGAAGUGGAAGAUUUGGUGGUAAUCCGGGUGGCUUUGGGAAUCAGGGUGGCUUUGGUAACAGCAGAGGGGGUGGAGCUGGCUUGGGAAACAAUCAAGGUAGUAACAUGGGUGGAGGGAUGAACUUCGGAGCUUUUAGCAUUAACCCAGCGAUGAUGGCCGCAGCCCAGGCGGCCCUGCAGAGCAGCUGGGGCAUGAUGGGCAUGUUAGCCAGUCAGCAGAACCAGUCGGGCCCGUCAGGCAAUAAUCAGAGCCAAGGCAACAUGCAGAGGGAGCCAAAUCAGGCCUUUGGUUCUGGAAAUAACUCUUAUAGUGGUUCUAAUUCAGGGGCAGCGAUUGGUUGGGGGUCAGCUUCAAAUGCAGGGUCAGGCAGUGGUUUUAACGGAGGCUUCGGCUCCAGCAUGGAUUCUAAACCCUCUAGCUGGGGAAUGUAGGCAGCGGGUGACGGUUGUACAGACUGGUGGGAAUUCAAAUUUUUCUAAACUCAUGGUAAGUAUAUUGUAAAAUACAUAUGUACUGAGAAUUUUCAAAAUUUGGUGGUUCAGUGUGGAGUAUAUUCAGCAGUAUUUUUGACAUUUUUCUUUAGAAAAAGAGGAAGAGCUAAAGGAAUUUUAUAAGUUUUGUUACAUAAAGGGUUGCAAUAUUGAGUGUUUGAAAGUGAACUGCUGUUUGCCUGAUGGGUAAACCAACACACUACAAUUGAUAUCAAAAGGUUUCUCCUGUAAUAUUUUAUCCCUGGACUCGUCAAGUGAAUUCUUUGCAUGUUCAAAAUGGAAACCAUUAAUUAGAACUACAUUCUUUUCUGCUCGUUUUAAUUUGAACCCCACCAUAUGGAUUUUUCCUUAGGAAUGUCUCCUUUUUGGAGAUGACGGUGUCACAGUGUUUGGUUCUUUCGUUUUUGUUUUUAACACUUGUCUCCCUUCAUGUGCAAAAGUACAAUAUGAAGCCUUCAUUUAAUCUCUGCAGUUCAUCUCAUUUCAAAUGUUUAUGGAAGAAGCACUUCAUUGAAAGUAGUGCUGUAAAUACUCUGCCAUAGGAAUACUUCUGUCCACAUGCUUUCUCAUUCAAGAGUUGGUCAUCACACUGCACGGGCCGCGUCUCUGACGGUGGGUGUCCCAUUUUUAUCCGCUACUCUUUAUUUCAUGGAGUCGUAUCAACGCUGUGAACGCAAGGCUGUGAUAUGGAACCAGAAGGCUGUCUGAACUUCUGAAACCUUGUGUGGGAUUGAUGGUGGUGCCGAGGCAUGAAAGGCGAGUAUGAGCGAGAAAAGGAGAGAGCGCGUGCGCAGACGGUGGUGCAAAAUGGAUAUUUUUUAUCUUGGCGAGAUGUGUCUCUCCAUCCUGUGGCUUUGGUGCGAGAGUGUGCAGAGAGCAAUGAUAGCAAAUAAUGUACGAAUGUUUCUUGCAUUCAAAGGACAUCCGCAUCUGUUGGAAGACUUUAAGUGAGUUUUGUUCUUAGAUAACCCACGUUAGUUGAAUGUGUUAAGUGAAACGAUACUUGUAUUUCCCCUCCCCCUUUGUCAACUGCUGUGAAUGCUGUAUGGUGUGUGUUCUCCUCUGUCACUGAUCUGUAAGUGUGGUCAUGUGAACUGAAGCUGAUGGGUUGAGAACAUGGACUGAGCUUGUGGUGUGCUUUGCAGGAGUACUUGGAAGCAGAGUGCACCAGGGAGCUGGGGGUGUCUCAAAGAAGGGUGGAAGUCCCAAUGUCUGUUAGCUGCCCCUAAGAAUGCUGUUUGCUGCAGUUCUGUGUCCUGUGCUUGGAUGCUUUUAUAAGAGUUGUCAAUAUUGGAAAUUCCUAAAUAAAACUGAUUUAAAUAAUAUGUGUCUUUGUUUUGCAGCCCUGAAUGCAAAGAAUUCAUAGCAGUUAAUUCCCCUUUUUUGACCCUUUUGAGAUGGAACUUUCAUAAAGUUUCUUGGCAAUAGUUUAUUUUGCUUCAAAUAAACUUAUUUCAAAAGUUGUCUCAAGUCAGAUGGAUUCAUCACCUGUCAUGCAUUGACACCUGAUACCCAGACUUGAUUGCUAUUUGUUCUUGCAUUGUCUAAAGUGAAAAGUUUUUUUUUCUUUUUAAAUCUAGUUUUUAAUAAGUCUGGGUGACCGCACCUAAAAUGGUAAGCAGUACCCUCCAGUUUUUCCUUAGUGCCUCUGUGCAUUUGGGUGAUGUUCUGUUUCCUGGCCUGUACAAACCUCCAUUAGGGAAUCGGUCAUGCCUUCUAACGAUCAUCUUAUUUGGGGGGGUGAGCAAACCAGUGUUAAUUAUUCUUAAAUGCUUUGUAGCAAAGCACAUCAAUUGAAAAGAAGGGGAUAUCAGCGCCUUUUUGGUUUGGGAUUUGAAAAGUGGAAUUAAUUGCAAUAGGGAUAAAGUAGAAGAAACCACAAAUUAUCUUGUGCCUGAAAUCCAUUAAGAAGCUCGAUAGCUUUAAGGACUAGCAGGGUGGCGGGCUGCCUGUCUGUGGAAGCGUUAAGUGAAAUGGGCUGUGUCCUCCAAAGGCGGGGGAAAUGUUGAAUAAAACCGUUUACAAAACUCAGAGUAGACCCUCACGAUGCAUUGUGAAGUAUGUAAAAGCAAUAAUAUAUUGAUUCUCUAUUGUACUUUCUAUGUAACUACUACUAUGAGAGUUGAGCUUGUUUUCUAAUGGACGAAUGUAACAAUUUUUGUGUUGAUAGUUUGCCUAAUUAUCUAAUUAGAGUAUGAUAAAGAGGUUUUUUGCAAGUUAGGUGUUUUAACUUUUAUAAGUCAUCCUUUAGACUUGUGAUCGCCACAUUGUUUCAUUAUCCAGUUUUCUUCUGUAAAAGGAUCUUGCGUUGUUUAAAUUUUUUUUUCUGCAUCUAAGUUGCAUGAUUUCCAAACCCUGUACCAUCUGAAUUUUGCAUUUUAGCACUUGCACUAUUACUCAGCAGCAGUAACAUGGUAACACUUAAAAUGCUAUCGGGACCUCCAAAGACUAAACUGGCCAGCCUUCAGGAGCCCGGGGUAAGUUCGCUCGUCGAUGGCAUGGUUUUCACCCCUGUUUACACGUGUGCACCUCUAGCUGCCGGUCUCGGAAGGCCUCUGUGUCGAGCGGCCUUCUGCUAGCGUGUCUGUGGUAACACCCAGCUACGGGGAUUUAAUUCUGCCCUAAAUUUUUUUUUUUGAAGUUCAGAAGUAAACUAUUUGGCAAAGAUUUGUUUUUAAAGUCUAUUUGAUCACCUAAAUGCAUUCAUUCUAAAAAUUUUUUGAACCAGUUGAAUAAAAAUUUUUGUUGCCACCACAGUUUAGUGUCUGGAGUCUUACUGGGAAAGCAGUUUCCUUUUUCUGUGACAAGGAUGCUGUCAAAUUACCUUGGAAAAGUGAGUCUCGAGAAGUCGCACUUUGUAUGCACAAGAGAAACUAGGACAAAACUCAGUGAAUUUUUAGAUGUAGUGGUGACUCUGGCUGGAAUGAGAAACUGUUGGAUGUUAGCUGUUGCAGCUUUCUAGGAAGGACUGGCCAACUGAAGCGAAGUGAGAUUUUUAAGGUUAUGCCAGAGCUUAAAUUUUGUCCUUAGGAAAAAGAGGUUAACUACUUAGUCCAGAAGAGGUUACGUAGCAGUUAACAUGUUUUUGUUGUUGAGGACGAGGACAGUAGCUCUUAGUUGUGUGGUCUGUCGUUGGCUGAGCGCGCCCCGUCCACUUGCUCGUUGUGAGAAGAAGAACUGCAGAUCGACCUACAAUACCACCCUUUCUUCCUGGUGUUGUAUUUCAGCUUACGGAAAUGCCACAUUUAAUUCGAUCGUCUUCUGAACUUGGAUAUUAAUUUAGGUUAUUUCCGAGUACUAGGGUCAGCCUUAUGCCUAAUUAAAUUCUUAGCAUUGGCAUUACUAGGUAGAAGACUAUGCAUGCUUUUAAGGCUUUUGAACUAUAUUGCAAAAUUGUCCUUGAGAAAAUUUUUGUUGCCUUUGAGAAUGAAUAGUGUUAGUCCGUGUUCUUUUUGUCUGCCAAUUUAAUAAGUGAAAAGUUAUAUAUCACCGUUUUGUGGUAUUGGUUUUUAACUUGGAAAUCAGUGCCUAGACUAAAGUAUUGGUGGUUUUAUAGAUGUUCAUCUACAAAAAACCCCCCAGGAUUCAAGAUUGUUCCUGAAUCAAUACUGCUAUAAUAUGUAAAGCUUUGAAAGAUCAGUAAGAACAAGUCCAAAAAUACUAGGAAAAUACUCCAAGAACAUAAUAAAGGCACUAUCCAGGAAUGCCAACAAAAAGGCCAGUACGAAAAGAUACUGGACUUUGUAAGUAGUCCAGUGCAAGUUUAACCAGUGAGUUCCCAUUGCGCUGACGAAGAUGAAGGAAUAUGCAUCGCCGGGAUGGUUUACGCCCCUUAAAUCAGAGCGGGAAGGGUGGGGAGCUGGGGGGCCCGGCACUGGUAAUUUGUUUUUGGUUUUUGUGUGGGGUGACAAUGGCUAUAUUAAAUGUUUCUCAGGUCACAUUGCUACUGAGAUCUUUUACAGGUUUGCUUUUAAUAACUAAUUGAAGACAUACAAAUCAAAAGUUAUUAAUUAUUUUCUCGAUCCAGGGAAUGUAGUUAGUGACUUUUGUGUAGACACCGUAUAAUUGUGCUUCCCCACAAUUGGUGGAACCCCAGGACACUAUUCCUCCCACAAACCACCUGUGUGUGUCGUUGUUCAGAAACACCAGGGCCCCUCCGCUGUCACCUCGGCAGCUGUCCUUGCCCCCGCCCUCCAGGCCGGCACACAGCAUGUUGUCGGUCACCCGCGCCCCUGGCUGGGGCCCCUUGGCGUAGGCAGCGGCGCAUUUCUGAUGGUCAACUACUGGCAUGUCUACGUACAUCAGGCUUCUGGCAGGGACACCCCUGUGCGUCAGUCCCCAUCCAGAUGCGGUUCCAGUGUCAUUUGUCCUCAUGAAGGCCUCGGCUGCUUUCGUUGGCAGGCAAAUAGGCAUGAUGUUGCUGUUGAUUACGACUUUGUCCUUCAGUUUAAUCAACGCUAUGUCGUGAUCGAAGCCGGCAUCGUGGGUGUAGCCUUCGUGCACAAACACGGCCUCUGCCCAGGCCUGUGUGUAGUGAGGGGACAGCCUCUUGAGCGUGCCCAUGCGGAUGUGCAGGGCGGAGGCGUCUUCUCUGUGCCCGUACACCGCGUGGGCGGCUGUCAGGACCCAGCUGUCGUACAGGAGCGCCCCUGCUGCGGUCGUGUCGCCUGCUAGCAGGACUUGCCAAGGGAAGUCGCCCAGCUUUGCGUUUUGCCCUCCAUAUAUGCGACCUCCUCCGGUGCGGGCAGACAUUCCGCAGACUGGGGAGAGAAGCAGACGCACAGAGCCUUUGCAGGGACCUGGUGGUGCGCCGCCUCCCCGCUUCCCUCUCUGGGCUGUGGUGCGAGCCCAGGGCUGCAUCACGGGGCGUGGUGGGUGCCCACCGGUACGGGCAAGUGAGAGCACUCGGAAGCCGCCCGGUCCAGGGACCCGGGUGGCAGUUCUUAGCUCCUCAGAAAAUGAGGUGAGUGAAAAUGUCUUUUAGAAAUGAACUUGUUUCCCAAAAAAGACUGGUCUGCACAAUUGCAGAAAUAAUUUAAUAGGGCAGACAGGAAGUGUCUGAGCUGAUGCGCUGGGUGAUGCGGGUGUAGGAAGUGAGAGGAAAUAACCUUUCCAUGGUUGGUUUUCCUACUUCUAAACUGGGCCGUCGGCUCUGCAGGUCCCAACAGCAGGUGCCGAGACCACUGGCCUGGGACUGGCGGGAGGAGGUUCACUGUUGAACAUUGUUGCGGUGUUUUAAAGGUUAGAAUGUUGCGACUGUGGCCAGGAACCUUCAGGCUCAGAAGUUAUUUGUUACCUAGUUGAUUCCUAAAAACACUAAGUCUUACUGCAUGUUACUAAGGGAAUCCACUCAUUAAUGUAACAAACGGCUCCUGUUGUGGGGGAAUACUUGCACUGAGCCCUGAGUCCUGUCAGCUGAGAUGAAAGAACUAAUUUAAGCCAAAUAACACAGGAGUAAUUAAUAUAUUAUUACCUUUCUGAUUUUUUUUUUUAAAUCUCCCUACUCAACUAUAUGUUCAAAGCCAGUUCUGGUUGAAAAAAAAUUUAAGUACUAUUAAAAGGCAAAUUGCAUUAAUGUUUAAAAAGUAGAUGUCAUUGAAAACAAUUGCUUAGGGAAAUAAUGAAGUUAUUAGCUUUGGGUUUUUAAUAGCAUUUUUAACAGAAGUAGCAGAGGAGCUCGUGUUUAUAAAUGUAUAAAUGGUUCGAGAUUUUAAAAACCAUUUAAUUGUUUAUCCUUGCCUAGCUGUAAAGCCAAAAUAAUCUGGUGACUGACGCGGUCGGCACCGACCACCCCCCCAUGCGGAGAGGGGGAGGGGACAGUGAGAACGCGUCACUGGGGAGUGAGGGCUCCGUCUGGGGGCGGGCGCCCCAGGUACGCGUCUGCCCGCCACAGCCGAGCGCCGCCUGCUGCCUCCCGCCCAGUCCUGCCGUCCGUCAGUCGCGGCCUCCUAUCUGAAAGCGCGCGUUACCAGGCUCGCAGACCGGGAGCGAUCUUUCUCCUUUGGAGCUCGUCCAGAACCCAUCAGCCUCACACACGUAUCUACCUGCAAACCGUUGGGAAAG